AUGUUGGUCUCCAAGUAUGCCACUGCUGGAGGUCAGGCGGAAGUGAGCUCCGGCGCAUUUCGGAUGGCGAAGGCUUCCGGACCCACGCUGACUCGCGGGGCGAAGGGCGGCGAGUGCAGAGACCCAGCGCGCUACGACUCCUCUCUCAAGGCCGCGUCCUCGUUUAUGGCCUCGCCCUCGAAACUCGAGCGCACCACAGGCUGGCCAGAGCCGCCUGCCGCCUGGCUUCCCAGUGCAGAGACCACCAAGGCCGAAGAGGGAAAGGACGCGGCUGGAGCGUUCAACUGGGGCUUCAGUCGCCACGAAGGUCGGGAGACACCCCGCGACUUUGCGGCCGGGGGAUGCAGGCUGCAGGCGGCAAACCGAAACGAGCAUGGCGCUUCGCAGCACUUGCCAAGUCAAGGCGACAGCCAGGGGCUCGGCGCACCAGACCUUUCUGGCGGGACGAAGGUGAAGCGGGGCGACGAGGCCGAGAGGACGCGCGUAAACGGAGACGGAUGCAGAGUCUCCCCCAAGGGCGAAAAUGUCGACGUGAACUACACGUCCCAUGCUUCGAGCAAGUCGGGGGUCAACGCCUCUUUCGUAGGUCUCAAGGGUGUCGGCGGAGACGCCGCCUCUGGACUACUGGCUCCCCAGAAGAUGGACAAACCGUCGGGCAACAACAGCUGCGCGUCCGCGGUGUACGCGGACCUAUCCCUUGUGUGCCCCCUCCACGCUUAUCGCUUCUGUUUACGGGAUUUCGAUUUCGGAGGAUUCCUCGGCGACGGAGCGCACGGAUGUGUCUUUGUCGCUAGGGAGCGGCGGAGUGGCUUCGUCUGUGUGCUGAAGUGCAUCACAAAGGCGCACUUGGUCCGGGGAGGGAACGAGGCUCUGCUCAAGAAGGAAGUCGAGCUCCAGGCUCACUUGAAACACCCCCACAUCUGCUGUAUGUACACCUGGUUCCAAACCAGCAGCGCCAUAUUCCUCGUCAUGGAAUACUGCCUAAAAGGAGAUCUCUUCGCCCUUCUCGACAAGACGACUUUCGGCUUCGAUGAACGCACCGUUGCCAAAUGGCGGAACGGUGUCAGAGGCUCUGCAACUAUCGGGGGCGGGAUCCCGUGCGGUCGCGUUUUCUCUCCCCACCCAGGCCUACGCACAAAACAUGCACAAGUCUUUUUUGUGUUUCAGGAGAACGUCCUGGUCGACCACACGGACAAGCUGAAGCUUGCCGACUUUGGUCUCUCGGCCCACAUUGGCGGGGAACAUCGCAAGCGGGGCGUCUCCAUCAACCGCGGCACUUGCGGCGACAACGUUUGCAGUUUCGACGAGAAAAGCGACAUCUGGACGAUCGGCAUUCUCGGCUUUGAACUGUUCUUCAAGUUCCCUCCCUUCGGCUCGCAAUGCCACAUCGACGAGGAGACGGUGAUGCAAAACAUCCGCAACAAGCACUGGAGCGAGAGAGUAGAACAGGAAGCCCUGCGGGAUCCCCGAGUCAACGAGAAGCUUCUGUCGAUGAGCGACGAUUUCAAGGCUUUCCUGUCGGCCUGUUUAAACAAGAAGGCUUCCUUGCGCCCGACGGCCGAGGCGCUCCUCGAGUUUCCUUUCCUCCAGAAAAACAACCCGGAGGUCGUCAACAGUGUCCACUUUCUCCAGCAACCGCGGCACCAACAAGGCCACAAGGGAUUCAACCAGCCGGCAGGGCCUUGGCAGACGCCGCGGCCGACGUGCUGCUAA